ACACUGUCACACCGUCUACUGCUCAAGAAACUUCUGGAUUAUUAAAUUUUUAUCAAAAUAACAAAACAAACCACUCAAAAUGCUGCAAUGCUACAACAGAGGCUGUGGCCAGCUUUUCGAUGAAGCUGCCAAUAACGAAGAAUCAUGCCGGCACCAUCCCGGGGAGCCGUUCUUUCAUGAUGCCUAUAAGGGCUGGUCGUGCUGCAACAAAAAGUCGGUGGACUUCACCGAGUUCCUGAACAUCAAGGGCUGUACGCUGGCGAAACAUUCGAAUGUUAAGCCCCCGGAGCCAGAGAAACCAACCAAAGACGACAAUGGGGACAAGGACGAGGUCAUCGAAGUGCGCGCACCCAUAAGAGAAGCUAUGCGCAGGCCGCCCAUAGAAACUCCGUUCACUGUGCUGCAGCCAACAGUUGCCGCUGCCCUAAAAGAGACGAUAGAUAACCUGAAGGUUAGCAGUGCUCCAGCAGCAGCAGCAACGCCAUUCGGAGAGGCUAGCGAUGCGAUCGCUGUGGGCACAAGUUGCAAAAACAAUGGAUGCUCCUUUUCAUUCACUGGCACGGACAGCGACCACAUCCAGUGCGCCCACCAUCCAGGAGUGCCCAUUUUUCAUGAGGGUAUGAAGUUCUGGUCAUGCUGCCAAAAGCGUACUUCAGAUUUUGCCCAAUUCAUGGCCCAAAAGGGCUGUGUGAAUGGCCAGCACAAGUGGGUCAAAGAGAACGAGGACAAGAAGGUUGUGCAGUGCCGCUACGAUUGGCAUCAGACGGCCACAAAUGUGGUGGUGGCCAUUUACGCCAAGAAGUAUCACUACGCCCAGAGUGUGAUAGAAAUAAACCCCAUACGGCUGCAUGUCAAACUCAUCUUCCCAGAGCAGGAAAAUGCCGCAUUUGACAUUGAUCUGGAGCUUGGAGGCAUCGUCAAUGUGGAGAAGGCGAGUGCGCACAUGUACGGCACCAAGGUUGAGAUCACAUUGCCCAAGCUGGAGCCCGGCUCCUGGUCAAAAUUGAAUUUCAAACGUGCCACAAUGCCAGCGACCAAGAAAACGAAUGCCACCGAAGCGCCAAAGAACGACGAGAGCGACGAAGAGUUCUUUGACUUGGACGACAUCGAACCAGUGUACACUCACGGCCUGAAAUUAUCCGAUAUGAGUUUGCAGAACCCAAACAACUUAGAUUAACAAAAAAAGUUCGCAUUUAAUGUUGCACAGAAUACACAGAAUAUGCCUUCGAAUAA